AUGGGUAUCAAAAGUGAAAAAACCGACAUUGACAAUAAACUCAAUUUUUCCGGGUUAACGUUGGCAAGUGGACCCGACACUCCAGUGUCAAACGAAGAACCCAACUUUAUUGAUAUUCUUCACAAUAGUAAAUUAUCUGAUUUUCUGAGUUUUCGAUACAAUGAUUAUCCGUCACAACCAGACAUUAAUACAUCAGAAAUAACUUACCCAGGUUUUUUACCCAGUGUCCCUGAAGCUAUUGUUCAUCUCAAGUUACUAAAAGCAUUUUCUGUCUUAAAAAGAAAAGUCAUUGGUAGCAAUAACUUAAUCCCUAACGAAUAUGACGUUAAAAAAUGGCAAAUUUAUAUAACUGAUGCAUCUAGAAGAUUUAUAAUAUUCAUGUCUUCAAUAAGAUCGAAAUUUGGUACAAUUGAAAGUGAUGACGAAAAAGAUAUUUAUGAUAACGGGAACACCAAGAAUGAGAAAUUCAUAUCAAUGAUGAAAGAAUUAAUGCCACCUUUGGAUGUGAUCAUGGUGUGGCAUUCAUUUUUAUUAAACCCUAAAUCAAUGUAUGAUGUAUGUAUCAGAAACAAAAUUUACCAAUUUGCAAACUACCCGUUGCCAUUGCAUAUUAUUGACCAAUUUAUCGAUGAUUACACCUUUGAAUUCCAUGUUCCUCAAUCGUACAAACAGAAUUAUUUGGAUUUGUUGAGGUCAUUCACCAAUGAUCCAGUUGACUUGUUAUAUGAUAACAGCAGAAUUGCCAUGAAUGAACAUUUAGUGACUCUUUAUUGUCCCAAAUGUCACGACCCAAUGACAAAGCCUAUACCGAUUACAAACGAUGAAAACACUGGAUUUUGUGACGCAGAUUUCCAGACAAUUAAUAUAGGUUAUGAGAAUGUGAAAUGUUAUCAUGGUACACCCUCUCAUUUUACUCAUGAUGAAUUAAGAAAACUACAAUUGUAUUGUGAUAUGACAAACCUGAAAUCACUACAAGGAACUCAUAAGUAUUUCUCGAAAAUUAUUUGUCCCCCUAAAUUCACCAAAAGAAACCCAUUUCUUAUUAGUGAUGAUGUUUGCAAAACAUUAGAGAAACACUGGGAUACCGAUAAGUCAUUGGAUGACAUUUUGAAAUCUUUGAAUGCCAAGCAUAGACGUGAAUUAGUGCGACAAAGAAUAUUGUUGCGAAAUUAUUUGCAAUAUAAUUUGAUUAGUUUAACAGUACGUGGAGGAGUCCAGGUUGGUGAGGAUUUGGUGGGGUGUGUAUUACGUCAAGAACGAUUUGUUGAAAAAAUGAAUAAAUUAGAUUGGUUACAUUCACCUUUGGUAUUUAAAAGUCUACAAGAAGCUGUUUUGAGGUACUCACGAUUCUUUGAAAUGUUAACUGAUGCAAACUUACGACAAAUGUUGGUACCUACUUUAGACAUAGAUUUGGCAUGGCAUACUCAUCAAUUGACCAUGUAUGGCUAUUUUCGAGAUUGUCGAGGGUCACCAGUACACGCUGUGAUUGAUCAUGAUGAUAAAGUAGACGAAGGGAGAUUAGAUGAUGGAUUUGCAUUCACAGCAAAGAGAUAUAAACAGUUGUAUAAAGAAGAAUACUCGGUAUGUUUUUGUUUAUACUGUACUUCAAAACGGUCCGAUAGUCUUUGUAAAUUCAGCCAGUUUUUCAAAACAAAAAAGCAAACGAAAAAGGAAGAAUAUCUUCGACAAUCACAUCCAUUGUCCAGCAGGGGUGAAGGUUUUUCACACAUUAGUGCCCACAACUCGGUGAGAUUACCAACAGAAUUGGCUAGUUCAAGAAGAGAAAAGAAACCGGCUCCAUGGGCUGAUAAUACGUAUUUACUUUAUACUACUCCUUUGCUUUUUGUUGUUCCUCCAAUUGCUCCAAUAACUGAAGGUCAAUGUGACUUUUACGGUAAUGGCUUGUGCACAUCGGCAACCACACUGUGUUCCAGUAUUGGUGGUACAUGUUGUAACAUUGCUCCUUGUUCAGGUAAUGGUGGUGCUGCAUGUUUUGGUACUGGACUAAACCCCAGUAAUUAUGGCCACGCAAGAAUUGGUGGUAGUGUUGUUGAAAUAGGUGGUGUAUGUGGUGCCGACAAUAAUUCCACUUCUGCGGGUUGUGUCGGUGCUAGUGGAUGUAGUGGUGGAGCUGCUGGGAAUUGUACUGGCGGAGGAAGCGGGUUCUGA